GACAAAGUGAAAACGAUGUCGGCUAUAUUGCCUUGAGUCCAAGCAUCUCUAUGCCGGGUCCUGACACCUCCAUGAGUAGAGAGUUUCCCAGGAUGCACAGAAGCUACAACAACGAUGGAAGCGCUGGCCCAAGCCCUUACCACACAGAUUCUUCCAAUGUCAAAAUUGGAGGUGGUUGGUGGAAAAACCAACUACUUCGUGAAAAUGUUAAAUUUCCCUCAAAUUUGUUAGAUGACGAGGUUGCUCCCUUGAGUACCCGUGGCACGUAUCCUCUCAAAUGGCCACCGCGUAGCAAGUAUGACAGCCGAUGGAAAUUCAAUCAAGAGGCUUAUGAAACCACACUUUUAAGGCAAAGAUGUACCUUCCCAGCAAGGUUUUUAUGGAAAAAGUGUCCAUGUCAAACCGCCAAGAGGGCCUAUUGCGUCGUGGGUUGUGAUGCCAAAUGGACAGUCCAAGCAAACUGUGCAAACCAACGCAGCAAAAGACUCUUACAAUGUAAAUAUUAGUCCCAGGGCCCAGAAAUCUUCACACCUGUCAGCCCAGAGUCACAUCAAUUUCUGCGUGAGCCAGUCAACUCAAACCAUGUCUUUUUCAAACCGACUUUAAAUUCUCCACUUCUUUGACACCAUCCGCAUCCUCUCCAUGUCCACAAACCACAUCCCUCAGAUCAAACACCAGACACUCGUAAUCAACAAUCACAAGAAAGGCAUGAGCUUCGCCCUAAUACUAGUUCUCAAAUGUUUGAUCCCAUACAGCGUGGAGUUGUGUCCAGGAAUUCUGCCAAACCAAAUCGGACUGCCUCCUGGAUGCAAAGCCAUGCAACCAAAAACGACACAGGCAAACGGGAUCUACGGACUUCCUAAUCUGCAGCGGCCGACGGCCACAUCCACCAAGGGCUUCCUGUUUACAGAGGCUCAAGGAAGCCAAUACCGCAUGGAAAAAAUAUGGCUUCCAGUCCAGGAGCAGCUAUGGGAGGACUAAUGUAGCUCUUCAGGCUCUUUAGGAGACGGUUCACGCCAUGGAAAGGAGUUUUCAUCAGAGGCCCAAAUGCUCACAAGCCAUGGAUAUAUCUUUUGUCAAAUUGAGCUCUCCCCCACCCCACCCCGCCCUCGCGCUCGCGUGUUCUUUUUGUGAUGUGAAUGAGUUUAGGCUGCCAGUCACCAUGCCUGCCAACUAUCCAUGCCGUUUUAGCCAUGCUCCAAAAAAAUCAAUCAAACUGAAAUGAGUAAAAAUAGUUUAACCUUAUCCGCACAAGUGAGGUCAUGCUGUCACAGCAAAUAAGGACCUGCUGUCCAUCAUCCGUUGAAAGCUUAAUCGCUGAGAUUAUCAUCAGAAUGGGCGACAGCGGUAGUAUUACGCCUAGAAUUGGCAGCAUGAAGACUUUGCUUGGAAUAGUCGCCGGAGCUGGAGCCUCUUACGGAAUUUACAAACUCUUAAGUGGGGGAAGCUUUAGGAGGUACAAGAAAAGUGGGGGCAAUGACGGUCUUGCUUCAAAGACCAGUGAAGGUAAAUCUCGGCCGGACAGCCUAUUGGCCAAAGUGUCUGAAUUGGACCUUGUGUUUUCCCGAAAUGAGAGAACGGAUGAUGCUUCGGGUAACAUCAUCCACCAGUCUGUGAGCAACCUGGAGCCACAGCACCUAAACAUGUUGCUGACAUGUCUAAAGACCAGUAAUAGCACAUCAGAGAGGUGUCGUCUAUUGCUCACUUUAGGAAAUGCUGCUGCUUUUACUGUCAAUCAGCAUAUUAUACGUGAAUAUGAAGGAAUUCCUAUUAUAGGGGGCUUCCUCUCUGACCCUGCACCAGAGGUUAAAGUGCAGACUCUGAAUGCUUUAAGUAAUCUCUGCAUGAACCUCCAAAACCAGGAGCAGCUGAAGGUCUACGUGCCACAAGUGCUGCAGUUGAUCGAGAUGUCUCCAGUGAACUCUGACCUUCAGCUAGCUGCUCUCAGGAUGCUAACCAACCUUUCUGUCACCGACAAACAUCAACACCUGCUCAAGGAUGCAGUGACGCUUCUACUCCAUCUGCUGUUGGUGAGCGACGUGACAUUACAGGUUCAGACCUUGAAGGUUCUUGUGAAUAUGUCAUCUAAUCCAGACAUGAUGGACGACAUUGUUCAGGCUCAGGCUCCGGCUUCUGUCAUGCUGCUACUUGCCUCGCAAACGUCAUCGGAGGUGCUUGUGCGGCUGUUGACAUUCACUGGCAACCUGAAGUCCUGGAGACCUUCGGCACAGGUGGCAGAGGAGUUGAGGCGCAACCGCGAUUGCCUCUUCCGGGUCAUGCUAGAUGAGUCGUCAGAACUCCACGGCCGACUGGUCCAGCUCCUGUCACACCCCGACAAGGAGAUUCAAGCGCAGGUGGCCCAUAUAUUGACAUACCGGUAGUCCACUUCCGUUCUCCUCAUCCCACACCACAAUCUGCACUGUAGACAUUUUCAGCAUGACGUCACACAUACUUACCGCGUGGCAAAAGCUCAUGCACCCUACCUUGUAAAGAGAUCCUUCCAUCAUGUAAUUUUGACCCAGACAGAACAAAUGAAAAAUGGUGCAUGGUUAGAAUGGGAGAUUUAGCCUUUUUUCGACCACCAAUGGUUGAAUAUAUUCAACCCCAACCAUAAAACAGUUUUGUCAUCAGUUCAGUCAACAGGUGCCACUCACUUUUUGCCAACUGUAAGUACCCUGGUGCCCUUUCCCAAAUGUGAUGACGUGGUCUAUUUUUCUCACUGUUUUGAUCUCACAAACUUCUCCAAAGUCAUCAGCAAUUAAAUUAGAUCAUAUUUCCACACUGUCUGUACGAGGGCCUGACCGCUAAAAAUCUGCUGAUGCUGAGAUUUGGCAGAAUAAAAUGAAGAUAACCAAUUAAUCAGUGGAUUAAAUAAAAAAAAAAUCCACUCAAUAAAUGUACUUAUUUUUGGGUCCCCGUAAUACCCUAUGGUGUAGUAGUUGAUUAACCUAACAACAGAGAGAAAAAUCGGUCGAAAUUUUGCAGCUUUUUAUUUGGGAAGGCGGGAAAACGUCAUCCUUUUUGCAUUAUGCUGUGACAUGUUAAUGUAGCGAAUUUUGCCGAUUUGGAAAGACCUAAUAUUAGCUGAUUAAUGACUCAGGCCCGUCUAUAUUGGCCGCUCCAAAUCAACAGCUAGUUUCCGUUAUUUUUCAGCUUGUACAGUUAAUAAGGGAGGCAGGACUGGGAAGACUGGACACUGGUCUUACUGCCAUAAUAUUGGUGACAUUUCAAGCGAGCCGUUUUCCUUGCAUCAUCCCACUGUCUUAGGAGAAUGUGAAGCAUUUUCUAAUGAAUGGCAGGAUGACUGGAGUCACAUGAUUUAAAAAAAAACAAACAAAAUAUAAGCGAAUGUCAGAAAGUUACGAGAAUAAAGUCAGAAUUUUUAAGGAAUGACUUUCCAAUAGAAAUACAUUUUUGUCAUUUUUUGGGGAAAAUUAAAAUUCCAUUCUUGCAAAAGAAAAUGUUUUUUUCUUGUAGUAUUAUAAUUUCAUUCUCAUUAAAAAAUAUAUAUUUUUGUUAAUUAUUGCAAAAUGACUGAUUUGUUCUUGUAAAAUCCCCCUUUUUCAUCCAGCAUUGCAAGUUUAUGCUUGUGGAAUGUAAUUGAGUUUUUUUCCCAUGGAACAUUACAAAUGUAUUCUUGUAAAAUUUUUCUUUUUACUUGUAAUAUAAAAUAUAUUUUUUAUUUAUUUCCUCCCAACUUUAGUCUCAUUAAAUUACAUAUUUUUGGAGGAAUGAUGUUCCCUCACAUUGCAAAUAUAUUUUUGCACAAUAACUUUGUUCUUAUAACAUUACAACUUUAUUCUGGUCAUAUUGUCAUUUCUUUUCUCAUAUUACACAUCGGUUAAAUUAUAUUUUUGCUCAUAAGACCGCAAUUUUAGUUUUUUUUUAAUUUAAGAUUUUUCCCUUGUAGAAUUACCUCUGUUUUUGUCAUAUUACAGCUUUAUUCUGAAAUCAGUGAGUUUUUCCCCUCACAUGACAGCUGCAGCAUACUCUUGUAAAAUUAUUAUUAUCCCUUGUAAUAUUGCAAUUAUAUUUUGAUUUUUUUUUCAUGUAAAGUCAGAACUAUAUUGUUAAAAUAUUCAGAUUUUUAAAUAUUGUAAUAUCAGAAUCAGAUAUUGCAACUUUAUUCUUUUAAAAUUAUAGUUUCACCCUAAUAUUACCAUUUUUUCUUGUCAAAUUGCAAGUUUAUUCCUGACAUUAUAGUUUUAGUUUGUUUUUUUUCCUUAUAAAAUUUCUUAUUUAUUCUCGUUAAAAAUUUACAUUCUUGUACAAAAACAAUUCUCAUAUUUUGGCUUUUAAGACAAAAAAAUCAUACUUCUACGAUUUUGUUCUCAUGAAAUGUGAAGAAGGGCGACAUGGUAGUUGACUGUUUAGCACGUCCACCUCACAGCGCAGGGGUUGUUUACGGGUCCGGCCUUAUUGUAUUGUGUCUGCAUGUUCUCCCCGUGCCUGCGUGGGUUUUCUCUGGGUACUCUGGUUUCCUCUCACAUUCCAAAAACAUGCAUGGCAGGCUGAUUGAACACUCAUAAUUGUCCCAAGGUGUGAGUGCGAGCAUGAAUGGUUGUUCGUCUAUGUGUGCCCUGUGACUGUCUGACAACCACUUUAGGGUGAAUCCCGCCUACUGCCCUAAAACAGCUGGGAUAGGCUCCAGCACACCCGUGACCCUUGUGGGGAUAGGCGGAUCAGAAAAUGGCUGAAUAGAAAUGUUAAGAAAGACAGAUUGAGAUUUUUAAAAAUGAAUUAUUGUUGUUUUCAUGAUUUUCCCCCACCUGUUGAUAGUCUACUUCCAGAUCAUUACCGGUACAUUUUUCUCUCCAAAGUCUUGUUUUCCUGCCAUUCAGCCAGGAUAUUUUAGUUAAUUCUACCAGCCCCACUUGGGAUACAAAGACAUCAUGUUUGAGUGUGUUGAAUAUCGUGUGCAGAAAUGCAGUAUGAAAGAAGAGUAGCCAUUUGUUCGCAGAUGACUGAUUUUGACAGGAAUCCAGUAACAUUUGGCGGAUUACGGCCGAUAGUGAAUGUUAACUACCAGUCUCAUUAUGUACUUAGUGUAAUGCGCCAGGCUGUGACGUGACAGGUCCGCACGGUUUAGCGGGAGGACUGAGCAUCCAUCUGCUUGCAUGACUACAGCAUCUUUAUGUCACGAGUCAGUCCAGGUGUGAUGAAAUGUUGCACAUUGUCAAUGUAUUUGUUGACUUCUUUGACUUUUUAUCGCUUAAGAACAGUUUUUUUUCUGGAGACACCCCCCUAAGUUAAUAUUUAUUUAAGGAGACGGCAGUUUUGUAAUGAAUUAAUUAUUGUUCUGCUUAAAUAUUUCAAUAAAUGCCCAUCCUAUGGACAA